CACUCCUCUCUCUCUCUCUCUCUCUUCAGUCCUUCUCUCUCAUCUGCAACACUUUGUACUGUGUGCGUGUGUGUGUACUGCUUCAGUUUUGGAAAAUCAGAUCAAAACGAUAUAUUCCCCAAUAAUAGCUAGAUUCUACUGCUUCACUUUUGAGCAAAUCUCUCUGCCAUUCUCUCUCCUAAAACACCUCUCUCUCUCAUCAAAAUCAGUGAAAUUUACUCUCAUUGUCAGCCCAUUUACAGUUUCAGCUCUUUUAAAUUUUUAAACCCAUUUUCGGUUUAUAAGCUUUGUGGCGUUGAGAUUAAAGCAGUGUUUUGGUUUUCUGCAUUUAAGAAACUGUUACUACAAAUUCUUAAAGUCCUUGCAAUUACUGAAGUUUAUUUUCGUUUAAUUUUUGAGAAAUGGGUUUCUUCACUAUUUGAAGAAUUUUGAGCUGAAAGGAAUGAAUUCAGAUGUCAACAGAGCUAGCGGAACAGUUGAAAGGGAUAUUGAACAGGCGAUAACUGCUCUAAAGAAGGGGGCAUGUUUGCUGAAGUAUGGAAGAAGGGGAAAGCCAAAGUUUUGUCCCUUUCGUCUGGCAAAUGAUGAGUCUGCUCUGAUCUGGUUUUCUGGUAAAGAGGAGAAACACCUUAAGCUAAGUCACGUGUCAAGAAUAAUAUCUGGACAGCGCACUCCAAUAUUUCAAAGGCACCCACGACCUGAGAAGGAGUACCAAUCUUUUUCACUCAUAUACAAUGAUAGAUCACUGGAUUUGAUAUGCAAAGAUAAAGACGAAGCAGAGGUAUGGUUUAGUGGCUUGAAGGCUUUAAUCUCACGUGGACACCAGCGAAAGUGGAGAACAGAAUCAAGGAGCGAUGGAAUUCCUUCUGGUGCUACUAGUCCCAGAACAUAUACGCGGAGAAGCUCUCCUCUUCAUUCUCCUUUUGGUAGUGGUGAUAGUUCACAGAAGGGUGGUGGUGAUCAGCUUCGCCUUCAUAGUCCAUAUGGAAGCCCACCUAAAAAUGGUGUAAAUAAGGCAUUCUCUGACGUAAUUCAAUAUAGUUUACCUCCCAAGGGCCUUUUCACUUCAGAUGCUGCUAGUGCUUCUAUUCAUUCCUUAUCUUCUGGAGGUUCAGAUAGCAUACAUGGUCAGAUGAAGGCAAUGGGGAUGGAUAACUUUAGAGUAAGCCUUUCAAGUGCUGUUAGCUCAUCAAGUCAAGGUUCUGGUCAUGAUGAUGGUGAUGCGUUGGGAGAUGUUUUUAUCUGGGGGGAAGGGACUGCGGAUGGUGUACUAGGUGGUGGACUUCAUAGGAUUGGCAGUUGUAAUGGUGUCAAAGUAGAUUCUUUAUUGCCCAAAGCUCUAGAGUCUGCAGUGGUACUGGACGUCCAAAAUUUAGCUUGCAGUGGAAAACACGCAGCACUAGUGACAAAACAGGGUGAGAUUUUCUCCUGGGGUGAGGAAUCAGGAGGCAGGCUUGGGCAUGGUGUCGAUUCUGAUGUUUUGCAUCCAAAGCUUAUAGAUUCCCUUGGCCAUACAAACAUUGAGCUUGUUGCGUGUGGUGAAAAUCAUACUUGUGCUGUAACACUUUCUGGUGAACUGUACACAUGGGGUGCCGGUGAUUUUGGUCUUCUUGGGCAUGGGAAUGAAGUUAGUCAUUGGGUGCCCAAAAGAGUAAAUGGACCCUUAGAGGGCAUACAUGUUUCUUAUAUCUCCUGUGGGCCCUGGCAUACCGCCGUGGUGACCUCUGCUGGCCAAUUAUUUACUUUCGGGGAUGGAACUUUUGGAGUUCUUGGUCAUGGAGAUAGAAAAAGUAUUUCAAAACCCAGGGAAGUGGAAUCUCUGAAGGGGCUCCGAACUGUUCGAACAGCUUGUGGGGUUUGGCAUACUGCUGCAGUUGUUGAAGUCAUGGUGGGAAACUCUAGUUCAAGCAAUUGUUCGUCGGGGAAACUUUUUACUUGGGGAGAUGGUGACAAAGGUCGACUUGGGCACGGUGACAAGGAGUCAAAACUUGUUCCUACAUGUGUUGCCGCUCUUGUUGAACCCAACUUUUGCCAGGUUGCUUGUGGACACAGCUUGACAGUUGCUCUAACUACUUCAGGUCAUGUAUAUACGAUGGGAAGUCCUGUAUAUGGCCAACUAGGUCACCCUCAAGCUGAUGGGAAGCUUCCUUGUCGGAUUGAAGGAAAACUUUCAAAGAGCUUCGUGGAGGAAAUAGCAUGUGGUGCUUACCAUGUCGCUGUAUUGACUUCCCGAACUGAAGUUUACACAUGGGGAAAGGGAGCAAAUGGAAGGUUGGGUCAUGGUAAUACAGAUGACAGAAACUCUCCCACCUUAGUGGAAGCUUUAAAAGACAAGCAAGUCAAAAGUAUUGCUUGUGGUACUAAUUUUACUGCAGCUAUUUGCCUUCAUAAAUGGGCGUCAGGGGUUGACCAAUCCAUGUGUUCUGGCUGCCGCCUUCCUUUUAAUUUUAAAAGGAAGCGCCACAACUGUUAUAACUGUGGUCUUGUCUUUUGUCAUUCAUGCAGCAGCAAGAAAUCGCUGAGGGCAUCAAUGGCACCAAAUCCCAAUAAACUUUAUCGUGUCUGUGAUAAUUGUUGUAAUAAACUGAAAAAAUCUAUUGAAACCGAUGCUUCAUCAGAGACUUCCAUGAGUCGAAGAGGAAGCCUGAACCAGGGGUUAAUUGAUGGCAUAGACAAAGAAACUAAGUUGGAUACAAGGUCUCGAUCUCAUCUUGCUAGGUUUUCUUCGAUGGAGUCCUUCAAACAAGUUGAAAGCCGCUCUUCCAAACAGAAGAAAAAGUUUGAAUUCAACAGCAGUCGUGUCUCACCUAUCCCCAGUAGUACCUCGCAAUUGAGAGCUCUCAAUAGUUCUAGAUCUUCUAAUCCAGUUUUUGCGUCAUCCAAGAAAUUUUUCUCUGCUUCAGUUCCCGGAUCAAGGAUUGUUUCUCGAGCAACAUCACCAACAUCUAGACGGCCCAGUCCACCUCGUUCUACUACACCAACUCCAACACUGGGUGGACUUACAUCUCCAAGGAUUGUAGUGGAUGAUGCUAAAAGGACAAAUGAAAGUCUUGAUCAGGAGGUUGUUAAACUAAGAUCACAGGUGGAAACUCUUACACUCAAGGCUCAAUUUCAAGAGGUAGAACUAGAAAGAACUAGUAAGCAGCUGAAGGAGGCAAUAGCAAUUGCGGCGGAGGAGACUGCCAAAUGCAAAGCAGCAAAAGAAGUGAUCAAAUCACUUACUGCUCAGCUGAAGGAAAUUGCUGAAAGGCUGCCAGUAGGUCCUGCCCGAAACAUCAAAUCUCCUAAAUCUGUUUCCUCCGAGUCCAAUAUUACCUCUAGUGACAUACCAAAUGGCUGUAUGGACCAAGUUCAUAGUCAACUAACUUUUCAAGAGCUGGAGUCAAGUGUAUCUAACAGCCAUUUGCUUUCUAAUGGAUCAAGCAAUGCUAGUAAUCGCAGUGCUGCUCACAAUAGACAGGGGAAUUCAGAGGCAACAACAAAAAAUGGAGGCAGAACUAAAGAAUGUGAUUCUCGUAACGAGAAUGAAUGGGUUGAGCAAGACGAGCCAGGUGUAUAUAUCACUCUUACCUCCCUACCUGGAGGCGUCAAAGAUCUUAAAAGGGUUCGCUUCAGUCGGAAACGGUUUAGCGAGAAACAGGCAGAACAAUGGUGGGCAGAGAACCGUGCAAGAGUUUAUGAGCUCUACAAUGUACGCGUGGUCGACAAGGCAAGUAUUGGCACUGCAAGUGUGGAUUUAGCGCAUUGAGAUAUGCAAUUUACCAUUUGUACAUGAGCUUUCUUUUUCUUUUUGGUUCUAACUCAACUUCAUGCCCCACAAUGAGUAUCAUGUUGAUCAUAGAGGUUUAGUUUUCCACAAAUUGGCAUAGAAGAAGUAGGAAUUAGAUAUUUGCUUGAAAUUUUUUGCUAUUUUUUUAUAGCCUAGAAAUCCCCGUUGAGUCCGCCCAUCUACCCUUCCCUAUUAAAUACCAGGCUCUUGUGCGGCAGGAUUCAAAUCCGUGACAUGCGCUACGUUCUUACCAGUAGACCAUAGCUUUGGGGGCUUUCUAUCAUUCCUAUGGGUUGAUCUCUCUAUUUGAUUUUCCCCCUACCUUAUUGCUGUGUGGGGUAUAGAGAUGUAAAGUUUUAGUAGGUUGCUUGCCCUUGUUGGGAGAUGCUUCCUUGUAAAUUUUUCCAAGUUAAUGCAUAUUUGGAUUUCAAAUCCAUACUUCUCUGUA